UUCAACUUUCAUUAUCAAUAAGUUACUUUCUCUUUAGUUUUCAGUAUGAAGUGUUUUAGAAAGAAAAAAGUUGUUUUAUGUCUGUUAAUAUGUAACAUCAUAUUUGUGAUUAUUCUUUACUGUUUUCUUCAAACAGAAAAGGUAAUCACAGACAACGUUAGGAAGAAAAUCACAUAUACUGUGGUGAUUCGAGAGUUUGAAGAAUUUGAUCACGAUGUACCGCAGACUGUUCGUCACAUUCAUACAGUGCUUGGGAAUGAUGUGCCGAUAUUUAUUGUUGCUGACAAACUUACAUAUCCAAGGAUGAAUUUCUCAAACAGUGAUGUUCAGUCUAUAUUUAUUUUGGACUUUGAAAUGGAUGGUAAAAUCUCAACAGAUACUGAAAUUCUGAAUGCCAUCUCAUCCGAUUUAGUUAUUUUUCUACCAGAUGGAACAAGAAUACACAACAAAAGUGUAUUUGAACGACUUAUUGAAGACUUCUUCCAUUCCAAAUUUUCUCAGGCAUUUGCAGUGAAAACAGGCAAUGACAAUCUGAGAUGCACAGGAAUGGAUAUCAAUUUACAAAGAUGGCGAAUGAAAAUUACAACAUUUGAUGGAUCAGAAGGGCAUUGUGAUUACAUAGAAGGGGAUCAAGCAAUUCUAAUUCGCACAGAAACAUUGUCAAUGCUUCCAAGUCCAUGGUCAGUGCCAUUAACAUGGUCAAUAUAUUUGCAAUUUGUUGUUAGAAGAUGGAAAUCUUUUGUGUAUACCCCUGUGGUGUUUGUACCCAGAAAAGGGUUCAAAAAUCCAAGCAGCAUGAAGAAAUUCCAACAUGAAAAGAAGAAAAGGGAGGACAGUUUACUCAGGAAAUUCAAAAUUAAAGAAGUUGUGUAUAAAACUGAUGCUGACCAUGAAAAGAAGUUUUAUUACGGGUGCAACAGAGAUUCUGAGCAAUGUUAUAGUUUGAUCAAUGACAUUCCAGACUUUCUACACAGAGGAAAGUGGACCCCUCCCUGCUGUUUAAAAGCUCUGCGUGAAACAGCAGAGUAUGUAUUUGAUAUAUUUAGCAAUUACAGUAUGAGAUAUUGGCUGGAAGGAGGAAGCCUUCUUGGUGCUGCUCGCUCAGGGGACAUUAUCCCAUGGGAUAUCAGUGUAGACAUUGGAAUAUAUAUGGAAGACAUUCCAAAAUGUCAGCAUUUGGUGAAAACAGGCAACUAUGAAUUCGUUGAUGAAAAGGGGUUCUUAUGGGAAAAAGCAGAAGAGGGAGAAUUUUAUCGUGUGUUUUACAGUGUAACGAAUAGAAAUUAUAUCCAGAUAUUUCCAUUUUAUUCCAAAAAUGGCAUUAUGACAAAAGAUUUUUGGUUUAAAAGUCAUAAACAGGAUGUUGAAUUUCCUGAGCAUUUCCUUAAACCACUGUCGACCAUAGCAUUCAUUGGGAAAAAUGUGUCGGCCCCAAACCAUGUACAAGAAUUCUUAGAAUUAAAAUUUGGACAAGGUGCAAUUGACAAUCCUAAAUAUCCCAAUGGGGUCUCAGUUUAUUAGAAACAUGCUUUGUACACUAUUUGUCAAUUCAUGUGUGAAUGAAAAAACUGAAUAACAAUUUUACAAUUUAUAUGGGUAUAUUAUCAAAUUAUCAGUACACAUAUCAGCAAUUUUAUAUACUAUCUGUGCAUUCCCUAUAUCAUUCUCUAUAUUCAGUUGUUAAUAAAGAUGUUUACACAAUGUU